AGAGCAGGGGAAAGCGCGUUCGCUUGCCCGCUCGCAGGCUCCAUAGUCGCUUUGUAUGCACAACAAUGUCCGACUGCAGACUUGACUGUAAGCUUUAACUAGCCGACCUAAGGCAGUUUGCGGCAAAAUAAUAAAGGGUCAAAGUCUAAAAUAAAAUUACAAAAGAAUACGGCACCGUCCAUCUAACUAACGAUUGGGAUCCGAGAACUGAGGCGAAGGAUGAAACCGAAGAGUUGCAUCAUGUGCACUGCUUGACGAGGGCAACGUCAUAUCUCCUAAGGACACUGGGGACGUCCACUUUUGCUGAGCGUAGCAUCUUUGGAUUUUAGAGCAAGGUUUAGGGGUAAAAUUAAAACGCAUCCCCACCCACCUUGUUCUAUACCCCCAAUUCUCUUCACCCUUCAAAAGACAACCUAUUGAUGAAGCCGAGAACCCGGCAGAGAGGAAGCGAGGACUCGCCCGCAUCGCUCGUCCCCCUUAACACGGCGGUGCGGGGGAGCUAACGGUUGCUACCUUCAGCACCUGAAUGACUUUAGGAGGUGGACAGACCGAGCACCGGGGGAUCUGAGAUCCAGGAAUUCCAUCAGCGGCACUGGCGACUUUCUGAGAUCAAGGAGACUGCUUCGGAUACACGACCCUCCCCCUUUGCAUCAGAUACAGGAGGCGACAAGCUGUUUGCAGCUUGACCUGGACAGCAUCCUGUAGCCUUCGGCUCUCUAUGCGGUUGGGCGUCAUCCUUUUCUGAGUCUGCACAGCUGCAGGCUUCACGAAACAGUGCAGCCCCAGCCCCCACCCCAGCCCCACCCCAACCAUCCCCUUCAGAAUGACAGUAGCCACUGGAGACCCAUCCGAUGAGGCGGCGGCACACCCCGGCCACCCCCAGGAUGCCUAUGACCCCGAGGCUGACCAUGAGUGCUGCGAGAGGGUGGUCAUCAACAUCUCUGGCCUGCGGUUUGAGACGCAGCUCAAGACCCUCUCCCAAUUCCCUGAGACCCUGCUGGGGGACCCCAAAAAGCGGAUGCGCUACUUUGACCCGCUGAGGAACGAGUACUUCUUCGACAGGAACCGUCCCAGCUUCGAUGCUAUCCUCUACUACUACCAGUCAGGCGGCAGACUACGACGGCCAGUCAACGUGACCCUGGACAUUUUCUCUGAGGAGAUUCGUUUCUACGAGCUGGGGGAAGAGGCUAUUGAGAUAUUCCGGGAGGAUGAGGGCUUCAUCAAGGAAGAGGAGAGGCCUCUCCCAGACAAUGAGUUCCAGAGGCAGGUGUGGCUGCUCUUCGAGUAUCCUGAGAGCUCAGGGCCAGCCAGGAUCAUUGCCAUCAUAUCGGUGAUGGUUAUUCUCAUUUCCAUCGUAAGCUUCUGUCUAGAGACCCUGCCUGUAUUCCGCAACGAUGAGGAAGAGAUGCACAGGAUCAUCCAGCCCCUUUCCAACAACACCUUCAGCUACCAGUCCACCUACUUCACCGACCCCUUCUUCAUCCUGGAGACACUCUGCAUCAUCUGGUUCUCCUUUGAGUUCCUGGUGCGUUUCUUCGCCUGCCCCAGCAAAGCGGGAUUCUUUGUCAACAUCAUGAACAUCAUUGACAUUGUGGCUAUCAUCCCCUACUUCAUCACCCUGGGCACAGAGCUGGCUGAAAAACCAGAGGAUGGCCAGCAGGGUCAGCAGGCAAUGUCUCUAGCUAUUCUCAGAGUGAUCCGACUGGUGCGUGUCUUCCGAAUCUUCAAGCUCUCCCGGCACUCCAAGGGGCUUCAGAUCCUUGGCCAGACCCUGAAGGCCAGCAUGAGGGAGCUUGGACUGCUCAUCUUCUUCCUCUUCAUCGGGGUCAUCCUCUUCUCCAGCGCUGUCUACUUUGCUGAGGCAGAUGAACCAGCGUCCCAGUUCUUCAGUAUCCCUGAUGCUUUCUGGUGGGCUGUUGUUUCCAUGACUACAGUUGGCUAUGGUGACAUGGUCCCCAUCACCAUUGGGGGGAAGAUCGUUGGGUCCCUCUGUGCCAUUGCUGGCGUGCUGACUAUCGCUCUACCUGUGCCUGUCAUCGUCUCUAACUUCAACUACUUCUACCACCGCGAGACAGAGGGUGAGGAGCAGGCCCAGUACUUGCAGGUCACCAGUGUCCCCAAGGUAGACUCUACUGAAGACCUGAAGAAGAGCCGGAGCGGCUCCACCCUCAGCAAGUCGGACUACAUGGAGAUCCAGGAAGGGGUGAACAACAGCAACGAGGACUUCCGUGAGGAGAACCUCAAGACGGCCAACUGCACCCUGGCUAACACCAACUAUGUAAACAUCACGAAGAUGCUCACGGAUGUAUAACCACUUGGGAUGAUCACAUCAGGGGUGGGGGUGGAGGGUGCGGCUUGAAGGACUUAGGGGGCUGUGGGGCUAGGGUUCUGGGAUGGUGCAAAGGAGGUUACCCUCUCAUUUUUGGAAAAACAUGGAGCCCAAGCCGCUGGAUCUAGGAAUAAUUGUGUCACACAGAGGAUGAACAUGGACUCUUUGCUCUCCAUGACCUUCCACCCCCACCCCUGCUCAUUCUCUCCAUCCUUUCAGAUCCUCCAGAUCCAAUUCCGCAUUCUUGUUUUGCUGUCUGCAUGGAAACAGUCUCGUGUGUGACUGGUCAAUCGUCAAUGUCCUGCUCGCAGUAGUAGCCAAAACUGAAAACAAAUAAUAAAAAAGGACACCGUACUGUAGCAUGAGGGGAUUCUGACUCCUGCUCGCUAGACCCCGCUGCCCGUGUGCCUCCCUGCUACCCCCCCGCAUGUGUCCUCGUCCCCUACCCUCAAAGACACGUCACAGUUCCCUGCACCUCCAAAGAAUGCCAUUUGCGUGCUUCAUUUUUGCCCUCUGCUGCUCUCUUUAGGGUGUAGUGACCCAGAAGGCUCGAUAUGUUCAAGGAGAAAGACAGAGGGGAAACGCGCAUCUCCUGAUCAGCAUAAUUAAAGCUGAGCCAACCUCUGUAAAGGGCUGAGAGAUCCUUGAAAUACACUACGUAAAUGUAACCCAUUACCACGGCUGCCCUAAGAGAGAAGACUGUUUGUCAGUUCUGUAAGGGUCUCCUAUACUGACACCAAUGAAGGAUUCACUGGGGCCUAGUAUAUUCUUUUGUAAGCAGAUAAGCAUACAGUGUAAACGUAGUCGUAUGACCUAUCGUACUCCUACUGCUUUGCUCCUGAAUUUUAGUUGGAGGGAAGGGAAGGGGAGGGGAAGUUCCCUCCUCUUUUUUGCCUGUGCUAGUUUUACAGAGCUUUGAAAACAGAGCGAAUGUCUGUAAGUGGUUUAUUUUUUAUUCCUUUCUUGUGCAUAUUUAUUUUGUGCGGCUGUUCCUUGUCCUAAUGUUCCGUCCCAAUCCCGCUUGACUCCCAAAUGUUGCGGCCAUUCUGAGUUGGAUCCUUCCUCUCUAUCUCUGCCUUGUGUCACACACAAAUCGGGGGGGGGGG